AUGUCUGUCAAGACUCGGCAAUGCUUCCUCAUAGAUUCACUUUUGGAAAAGCCUGAAGAUACGACAAAAGAUGAUACUAUGGAGCUUCUUAAAAGAUCUCCGUCCACAAGCAUACCAGUUGACUGCUCAUCACCAUCACAAGAGGUUGACGAAGAUAAAGACGAAGAAAAACCAUCCCGAUUAUCCCAAUUAAUAAGCAGCAUGAUGGAACAAGAAGCACAAGAAGCAGCAGCUACAGCUGAGAGAUCUCGCCCCAAUCCGCCGUCUAUCGAACCGUCUUUAUUGAGACCUCCUCUUCCAUUUACAAAUCCAAUCGAAUAUUUGUCAAAGCUACAUCUGAUGCAACAAGCUUUCAAUCUGUCAAGUAUGUCAGCCCUGGCUGUACGCCAGCAAUUCUCUCAGCCUAUUCUGCCUCCACUCAUUCGCAAAGAUGCCAUAUUUAAUCGCCCCUUGCCAUUUCUGCGAACAGGCCGAUCAUCAGAGGCGACAACGUCACGAGCUAAUAUCAAAAAGUACAGAUGCGAUGUCUGUGAUAAAACAUUCAGUCGAAGCAAUACUUUAAUAACACAUAAGCGAAUUCAUACCGGGGAAAAACCAUUUAAAUGUGAUCAUUGUGGGCGAGCAUUCCGUCAACCAGGAAACUUAACAAGGCAUCGCCUCACCCACACAACGGUCAAACCAUAUGUUUGUGCUCAUUGUGACAAAGCUUUUAAUCGAGCAUCUAAUCUCCAUACCCAUAUGCGAACUCAUGUUGGUAAAUAG